AUGCAGACACUUUUCGCUUUCUUCCCUUUUGUUCAUUGAGUUUCUCUAAUUCUUUUCUUCUUCGUAGAGUAAUCCAAAGUAACCCAGCUUGCCCCACCUGAGUAAACAAAGAAUCUGAAUCAAACCCUUUUCUUCUUCAUAAGGAUGACCAGCUCUUCCCACCAUUGCCCUCUACUUCGCCUGCACAAACUAAAUCUUGACGGAGAAGACAAUACCCGUUUUGGUUGCUGCCGUUGCUGCCAUUGGAUUUGGCAGAAAUGGCGAGCUCCAGUGGGACUAAGAACGAAACGGGCCCUCCCAGAUCGCUCUCCCGGAAGAUGACCAGAUUGCCCACGAUGGUUGAUGCUCCGCCCGACGAGGUCCCCUUGGUCGACAGCGAGCUCGUGCCGUCGUCCCUCGCCACUGCCAUUGCCCCAAUUCUUCGUGUUGCCAACGAUGUAGAAAGAGAAAAUAAAAGGGUUGCUUACCUCUGCCGCUUUAAUGCAUUUGAGAAAGCACAUAGGAUGGAUCCAACAUCGCAUGGACGAAGUGUCAGGCAGUUUAAGACUUACUUGUUAAAUAGGCUUGAAAUGGAAGAACAUCAAACAAAGCCUAUCCUGGCUAAAUCUGAUCGUGGAGAAAUCCAGAAGUUUUACCAGGAUUUCUAUGAGAAAAAUAUCAAAGAAGGACAAUAUACAAAAAAACCGGAGGAGAUGGCUAAGAUAUAUCAGAUAGCAACUGUAUUAUAUGAUGUGCUGAAAACAGUGGUUCAUCCAGCAUCAAAAAUUGACGAGAAGACACAAAGAUAUGCCAAUGAAGUUGAGAGGAAAAGGGAACAGUAUGUACACUAUAACAUUCUUCCAUUGUAUGAUGUUGGGGCUAAGCCAGCAAUUAUGGAACUUCCUGAGAUAAAAGCCGCUCUUUGUGCUCUGCGUAAUGUGGAUAAUCUUCCAAUGCCAAGAAUUCAUUUAAGACACAACAACCAUGAUGACAAAUCAAUAUUGUCCGAGGAAAGUAACAAGUCUGUCAAUGAUAUUCUUGAGUGGCUUUCUUCUGUUUUUGGAUUUCAGAAAGGAAAUGUUGCAAAUCAGAGGGAGCACUUAAUUUUGCUUCUUGCAAAUGCUGAGGCAAGGAGGAAUAAGAACCAUCAAGAGCAUGACCAGCUGGGUAGUGCCACAGUUCAGAAUUUGAUGGAUACAAUUUUCAAGAACUACUGUUCCUGGUGUAACUAUUUGCAUUGUAAACAAAAUAUUCAGUUUCUUCAAGGUGCUGAUAGACAACAGUUAGAGCUUCUAUACAUUGGACUUUAUCUUCUUAUCUGGGGUGAAGCUUCAAAUAUUCGUUUCAUGCCUGAAUGCAUUAGCUAUAUUUUCCACCACAUGGCAAAUGAGAUUAAUGGCAUUUUAUAUAGCAAUGUCCAUCCUGUUACUGGAAGCACAUACCAAACAGGAACCCGUGGUGAAGAAUAUUUUCUGAGAGAAGUUGUAACCCCAAUUUAUGAAGUUCUGUACAAGGAAGCUAAGCGAAACAAAGGAGGCAAAGCAAGCCAUUCUGCAUGGAGAAAUUAUGAUGACCUAAAUGAAUAUUUUUGGUCUAAAAAAUGCUUUCGUUUAGGGUGGCCGAUGGACACAAAAUCAAAUUUUUUUGUGCAGUCAGAUGAGCGAAAGCCUGGAAAUCAGAGGACUGACCAAGCCAUUGCUGGUAAGAGGAUGCCCAAGACAAAUUUUGUUGAAGUUCGUACAUUUUGGCAUCUUUUUAGAAGUUUUGACCGAAUGUGGAUAUUCUUUAUAUUGGCUUUUCAGGCUAUGCUUAUUGUUGCAUGGAGUUCUUCUGGCUCUUUUACGGCUAUUUUCAAUGAGGAUGUCUUUAAAAAUGUCUUGAGCAUUUUCAUCACUUCUGCUUUUCUUAAUUUUUUGCGAGCCACUCUGGAUAUCAUUCUUAGUUUCAAUGCCUGGAGGAGCUUGAAAUUUACCCAAAUACUUCGAUACCUCCUGAAGUUUGCAGUUGCAGCUAUUUGGGUUGUAGUGCUACCAAUUGGCUAUUCUAGUUCUGUUAUAAAUCCAACAGGGCUCGUGAAAUUUUUCAGCAGCUGGGGAAGAAAUUGGCAGAACCAGUCAUUUUACAGCUAUUGUGUUGCAAUUUAUUUGAUACCCAACAUAAUUGCUGUAGCUCUAUUUUUUCUUCCAACUUUGCGGAGACACUUAGAGCGCUCAAACUGGCGUAUUAUUAGGCUUUUAAUGUGGUGGGCUCAGCCAAAGCUGUACAUUGGAAGAGGCAUGCACGAGGGCAUGUUUUCACUUCUCAAGUAUACUCUCUUUUGGAUUAUACUGCUAGUCAGCAAGCUGGCAUUCAGCUACUAUGUGGAGAUAUUGCCGCUAGUUGGACCUACAAAGUUGAUAAUGGGAAUGAGAAUUGGUAACUAUGAAUGGCAUGAGUUUUUCCCAAAUGUAACACAUAAUAUUGGCGUUGUUAUUGCAAUAUGGGCUCCGAUUGUCUUGGUAUAUUUCAUGGAUGCACAAAUAUGGUAUGCCAUAUUUUCUACCCUUUUCGGUGGGAUUCGUGGAGCCUUCAGCCACCUUGGUGAGAUACGUACUCUUGGAAUGCUGCGGUCCAGAUUUGAUGCUGUUCCUUUAGCUUUUAGUGAGCGUCUUGUCCCAUCAACAAUAGAGGAAGCUAAAAGAGAUCAAUCGCAGGGUCAAUCCAUUGAACGGAGGAACAUUGCAAGAUUUUCUCAGGUGUGGAAUGAGUUCAUACUUUCUAUGCGGAUGGAGGAUAUGAUCAGCAAUAGGGAAAGAGAUCUGCUGCUUGUGCCUUCUUCUUUUAGCGAAGUUAGUGUCGUCCAAUGGCCUCCUUUCUUGCUUGCUAGUAAAAUACCUAUAGCAUUAGACAUGGCAAAGGAUUUUAAGGGCAAGGAAGAUGCUGAAUUGUUUAGGAAGAUUAAGAAUGAUGAUUAUAUGCAUUCAGCUGUUAUUGAAUGCUACGAGACAUUCCGUAAUAUACUAGAUGGCCUGUUGGAAGAUGAAGGCGAUAAGAUGACUAUUCAGCAGAUUUGUCAAAAAGUAGAUGCCAGCAUAGAAGAAAACAAAUUUCUGAGCACAUUUAGGAUGAGUGGGAUGCCUCACCUCAAUGAAAAGUUAGAAAAGUUUCUGAAAAUUUUGCUAGCGGAUUUCGAAAAUGAUGAGGAUCAAAAGUCCCAGGUCAUCAAUAUCCUUCAGGAUAUUAUGGAGAUUAUCACAAAGGAUGUUAUGAUUAAUGGGCAUGAAAUCUUGGAAAGUCAAUCACAUUACCAAGAGAGUCCAAAUGAUAACAUUGAGAGGUGGUUUGAAAAGAUCCGCAUUGGCUUUGCACAGCAUAAAUCUUGGAGGGAGAGGGUCAAUAGGCUUUACUUGCUUUUGACUGUAAAGGAAUCUGCCAUAAAUGUGCCUAUGAAUUUGGAGGCUCGCCGCCGUAUUACUUUCUUUACAAACUCCUUAUUCAUGACUAUGCCACCUGCCCCAAGAGUUCAUGACAUGCUCUCAUUUAGUGUUUUGACUCCAUAUUACAAAGAAGAUGUUCUGUAUACUGCGGAGGAACUUACAAAGGAAAAUGAUGAUGGAAUAUCAAUUUUGUUUUACUUGAAGAAAAUAUAUCCUGAUGAAUGGACCAAUUUCCAGGAACGCAUAAAGGAUCCCAAACUUGGAUUUUCUGGCAAAGAUGAAAUGGAAUUGACCCGUCAGUGGGUAUCUAACAGGGGACAAACUCUUUCUAGAACAGUAAGAGGGAUGAUGUACUAUAGACAGGCUCUAGAACUUCAGUGCUUCCUGGAACUUGGAGUAGAUCAUGAUAUUUUUAGUGGCUACAGAACCAUUGAUGUUGAUAACCAAGAUCAGAGGCUUCUCUUUGAACAUUCAAAGGCCCUGGCAGAUAUGAAAUUUACCUAUGUUGUUUCUUGUCAGCUCUAUGGUGCUCAGAAGAAAUCUGAUGAUCCUCGAGACCGGAUAUGUUAUGCUAACAUUCUUAAUCUUAUGUUGACGUACCCAUCUUUACGCGUUGCUUACAUAGACGUGACGGAAGAGACAAUAAAUGGAAGGCCGGAGAAGUUUUAUUACUCUGUUCUUCUCAAGGGGUGUGAUAAGUUAGAUGAGGAAAUAUAUCGCAUCAAGCUUCCAGGUCCUCCUACAGAAAUCGGUGAAGGGAAACCGGAAAAUCAAAAUCAUGCCAUUAUUUUCACUCGUGGAGAAGCUUUGCAAACCAUAGACAUGAAUCAGGAUAAUUAUCUUGAAGAAGCAUUCAAAAUGAGAAAUCUUUUGGAGGAAUUUAAAAAGCCUUUUCAUGGGCAAGAUAUUAAGAAGCACGAUAGACAGCGAAAGCCUACCAUAUUAGGUCUGAGGGAGCAUAUUUUUACUGGAAGUGUUUCGUCACUUGCAUGGUUCAUGUCCAAUCAGGAGACUAGUUUUGUAACAAUCGGCCAACGAAUUCUAGCAAACCCUUUGAGGGUGCGUUUCCACUAUGGACAUCCUGAUGUAUUUGAUAGAAUCUUCCAUUUAACAAGGGGUGGCAUGAGCAAAGCAUCAAGGAUUAUUAAUUUGAGUGAGGAUAUAUAUUCAGGAUUUAAUUCAACCUUACGAGGAGGAUAUGUAACCCAUCAUGAAUAUAUCCAAGUUGGCAAGGGACGUGAUGUGGGAUUGAAUCAAAUAUCACUAUUUGAGGCUAAGGUUGCUAAUGGGAAUGGCGAGCAGACACUUAGCCGUGAUGUUUAUCGGCUUGGACGUCAGUUUGACUUCUACAGAAUGUUAUCAUUCUAUUUCACAACAGUUGGUUUCUAUUUUAGUAGCAUGGUUACUGUGCUUACUGUAUAUGUAUUCUUAUAUGGACGUCUAUAUAUGGUUUUGAGUGGGUUAGAGAGGGCAAUUCUUGAGGAGCCAAGCAUACGUCAUACGAAGGCCCUUGAAGAGGCUUUGGCUACACAAUCUGUUUUUCAGCUGGGCUUGUUGUUGGUGCUACCAAUGAUUAUGGAAAUUGGACUCGAAAGGGGGUUUCGCACUGCCCUGGGCGAUUUUGUUGUCAUGCAGCUGCAACUGGCCUCUGUAUUUUUCACAUUCCAGCUUGGAACUAAAGCACAUUAUUAUGGGAGAACAAUCUUGCAUGGAGGUUCUAAAUACCGCGCCACUGGCCGUGGAUUUGUUGUUUUCCAUGCAAAGUUUGCUGAUAACUACAGGCUUUACUCACGGAGUCAUUUCGUAAAGGGGUUGGAGCUUCUUAUACUAUUAGUUGUGUACGAAGUUUAUGGUGAAUCAUACCGUAGUUCAAAUCUGUACUUGUUCAUUACUUUCUCCAUGUGGUUCCUAGUAGGCUCUUGGUUGUUUGCUCCCUUUGUGUUCAAUCCAUCUGGAUUUGAGUGGCAAAAAACUGUGGAUGAUUGGACGGAUUGGAAAAGGUGGAUGGGAAAUCGUGGUGGUAUUGGUAUCCAGUCGGAUAAGAUUUGGGAAGCUUGGUGGGAUGAAGAACAGGAGCACCUGAAAAGCACAAAUAUUAGAGGGAGAAUGCUAGAGAUAAUCCUUGCAUUUCGUUUCUUCAUUUACCAGUACGGAAUCGUCUACCACCUCGAUAUAGCUCAUCAUAGCAAGAGUUUGCUGGUCUAUGGACUUUCUUGGGCAGUUAUGGCAAUCGCACUUUUAGUCUUGAAGAUGGUAUCAAUGGGUAGACGAAGAUUUGGCACCGACUUUCAGCUCAUGUUCCGCAUCCUGAAAGGCCUUUUGUUCCUGGCCUUCAUAUCAGUAAUGACAGUAUUAUUUGUAGUAUGUGGCCUCACUAUAUCCGAUUUAUUUGCUGCUGUCCUUGCCUUCAUGCCCACGGGGUGGGCCCUUCUUCUUAUUGGGCAAGCGUGUGGGUCAUUGUUUAAGUCUAUUGGAUUCUGGGACUCAAUAAAAGAACUGGCUAGAUCCUAUGAGUAUGUAAUGGGACUAUUAAUCUUCUUGCCCAUUGUCAUAUUGUCAUGGUUCCCGUUUGUAUCAGAGUUCCAAACGCGCUUGCUCUUCAACCAGGCAUUCAGUAGAGGCCUUCAAAUUUCAAUGAUUCUUGCUGGGAGAAAGGAUAGAGAAUCAUCCAGUUGAUGUUGACAGCUUUGUUUUAUCUCUGGAAAGUACAAUCACGUCACUUAUGCUUUCCUUUUUCUUUUCCUUUUUUUUUUAUUCGUUUGAAUGUAGAUAUUAUCUUCAUGAGUUCUGCUUUUUUUUAAACAAAUGUACCUACAGUUUUGAAGAAGUAAAUUACACUGUUAUCAUUUAGUUUUGAAAAUUACAAUGCCCAACCGCUAUUAUUUUCCCUCU